AUGGCGCCAACUCAACGUGUCGUAACAACUGCUAAUACAGAUUUAGAGUUGAAGUUAGCGGCUUUGAUAAAAGCCCGAUCUGAUUUAGCAAUCCAAGAGAAUCGGCUGUUCAUAAUUGGUGUGUCAGGAGGCAGUGUUGCCAAAUGUGCUUGCAACGUAUUUGUCAACCUGGACACUGACUGGACAAAGUGGCGUAUUUUCUUCUGUGAUGAGCGUUACGUUCCACAUGAUGACCCGGAAUGUACCUAUAAAGUUUAUAAAGAGAAUUUCGUGUCUAAAGUUCCAAGCUUUUCGCCAGACCAUAUCUAUCCUAUCAAGCCAGAGCUUUCACUUGAUAAAUGUGCUCAGGACUAUGCCGAACAGUUAAAAACAGUGACUGGCAUUACUGAUGACCGUUUGCCUCAAUUUGAUAUGUUGCUGCUUGGAAUGGGGCCUGAUGGGCACACUUGCUCUUUAUUCCCUGGUCACCAUCUUCUAGACGAGACUUCUCUUCUGGUUAGUCCAAUUUCAGAUUCACCUAAGCCACCCCCGAGCAGGGUCACCUUAACUUUCCCUGUGUUAAACUGGUCAUUGUGCGCGGUUUUCGUAGCUACUGGUGAAGGAAAAGCCGAAAUGGUUAGGAGAGCGCUGGAACCUAAGGAAUCCGAUGGUCCCAUCAUUCCUGCUGGAAGAGUGAAACUAACCAAAGGAGAUUUGAUCUGGUAUUUGGACACUGGUUCUGCAAAAUUACUAACUAACUAA